CUCUCAUUUCCUUGCGAAGACCUUUAAGAGUGAACCAGGGCUGGUGUUGAUGGAAUCACGUUGAAGAAUCUGAAUUUGUUUGGUGAGAACUUCGUGUUGAUGAAACUAUCGAACCUUGGCGAAGAGAAAUUGGAUUGAGAUCGAUAAUGACGGAAAACAAGAAGCUCCGAAACGAGGCUAGCGGCAGCGGCAGCAAUAGAGGUGAAAGCGUCGUUGGGGAUGUGGGUCGCCGAAGAAACUCUUGCGGAUACUGUAAAUCAGGCGGAAACUCGAGUAUUUCUCACGGUUUAUGGGCAAAUAGUUUGACUGUGGAUGACUAUCAAGCUCUUCUGGAUAGAGGAUGGAGAAGAUCAGGUUGUUUCCUUUACAAACCUGAGAUGGAAAGGACUUGUUGCCCUUCUUAUACUAUUCGUUUGAAGGCAGACGAAUUUGUCCCAUUGAAAGAGCAUCUUCGGGUGUCUAAAAAGAUGCAAAGGUUUCUAGACGGCACAGUGGAUAUGACAAAGAAAGAUAUGUCAGUAGAUGAGAGGAGUACUAGAAAGGGUUCAUGCAGCAAUAUGCCUAUGGAAGGUAAAUGUUUAGCCACAGAAAAAACAUCUCAAAUUAACCCGGGUGGACAGAAUGAAGUGGAAGGUUGCAUACUUCACUUGUCCAAACAAAUUGAUAGUGCUGUAUUAGCAUUUUCCCAGAAUGUGGAUCUUCCCUGUGACAUUAAAUUACCAAAAGCUUCUGUCAGAAUAAUUUUGCCAGCUAAAAGAAAGACACUAGUUCAAGGAUCUGAAGAUCUUUUGUUCUCCAGCAAUAUUGCCUUCCAAGUUGCAGCUACUUUAAGACAUGUACAAAAAGAUGUGCAGUCUGCAGAUAUAAUUGCAGAUAAACUGGCAAUUUCUGUGGGUCAGUUGGUAGAAAAUUCUAGCUUGUUGGUAAGAUCCUCUCGUGGACAUCUAAAUUUCUAUUCUCCUAACAACAUUUUAUUGAGGGAAGCUGUGGAAAGAGAUGUAGUUUCUAAGAAGUCUCAUACAGGACCUGUAGAUAAAGGUAUCUGCUCAAAUACUCUGCCUGGAUGUACUCAUAAUAAAAGAAAGAAGCUUGAGAUUGAGUUGAAAAGAUCCACUUUUGAUCCAGAAGAAUUCGCCCUGUACAAGAGAUAUCAAAUAAAAGUGCAUAAUGAUACACCAGACAAGGUUACAGAAAGUUCGUACAGUAGAUUUCUAGUUGAUACUCCCUUGAUAUUUGUACCCUCUAAGGGUGACGGUGUAGUUCCUCCGUGUGGCUUUGGAUCUUUCCAUCAGCAAUAUAGAAUUGAUGGAAAGCUAGUUGCGGUUGGUGUAAUAGACAUUCUCCCUAAAUGUUUGUCUAGCAAAUAUUUGUUCUGGGAUCCAGACCUGGCCUUUCUUUCUCUAGGAAAGUAUUCAGCUCUACAAGAGAUAUCUUGGGUUAAAACCAAUCACCUUUUCUGUCACAGUCUUGAGUAUUACUAUCUGGGCUACUACAUCCACUCUUGCAGCAAGAUGAGAUAUAAAGCAUCAUACUCCCCAUCCGAGCUACUUUGUCCUCUUCGUUAUGAGUGGGUUCUGUUUAAUAUUGCAAGGCCUCUGCUUGACAAGAAGUCAUAUGUUGUUUUGUCUGAUUACGCGUCUUUACCAGUGGAGGAAUCUUCAACAGCUAAUAUUCCUGAAAAUCACGUGGAAGUAAAACAUUCUAGAAAUGGUGACGAAGACAUGAAUGAUAUUCAUAUUGAAAAUGAUGUUGAUGAUGAUGAAGAAAUUGAUGAACUUGAUAGUGAAGAGAGCGACGAUGAUGAUUCUGGAUAUACAGAUGGAAGUAUUGCUAAUACUUUAAUUGGCUUGAGACGAUCUCGGCUUAGAUACAAGGAUUUGGAACAUGCUUUCGGUUCGACGGAGAGAAGAUAUUUGGAAACUCAACUGCGUAGGUAUAAUAAGGCAGUCGGCUCAGAGCUCUCUGAGAGAAUGGUGUAUUCGGUAGGGUGAUACACCUCGGUUCAAUUCGAAAACAUCAGGUACCUUAUUUGAACCAUAUAAAAAAAUACUGUGUUUUUCUACACAAGUGUCGUCUGUUGGUCCAAACAGAACAUGUGAUGUUUUUAUUUCUUCUGAGAAGUUAGAACAAUGGCUUGUUGAAUCCUAUAUACAUUCUAAAGGAUUUAAAUCACAUAUCAAUUGAAUGAACACUUUGUUUGUUUUGAUUCA